CUGGUCUUGCCAUGGCGCUGCCCUGGGCCCUUGCAGUCUUGAGCCUUCUUCCCCUGCUGGACGCCCAGAGCCCAGCGUGUCCCAAUUUCUCGGUGCCCAUCACCAAUGCCUCCCUGGACCAGAUCUCUGGCAAGUGGUUUUAUAUCGCCUCGGCUUACCGCUUACCCGAGUACAAGAAGGAAGCUAGCGAAAUCCAUGCAUCUGACAAGCCAGAGGGGACCCCGGAGCAAAUGCAACAGUUCUAUGACUACCUCACGUGCAUGGGCAUGGACAAGUCGGAAGUCAUGUACACGGAUGAGAAAAAGAAUCUGUGCCUGCCGCUGGAGAAACAGCACAACGAGGAAAGAAAGAAGGAAGAGGAGAGGUCCAAGACAGGCACAGCAUUGGAUUAGGACCUUGGGGACUUUGGGGGCCUAUCCUGAGAACCCCAACCACCCUGUGCCUCAGUUCUUUUCCACAGUUGCACCAAUAAAGUUUCUGCAUUUGGAAUAGG